AUGACCGAGGCGCAGAUGAAGGAGACGCGCGAGGUCCUCAAGUUCACGAGGAUGUGCAAGUACUGGAAGGUGAAUCGGUGCCACCUUGGUGCUGACUGCAACUUUGCUCAUACUGAGUCAGAGUUGAGGGAUCAGCCGGACUUGGUAUCGACGCAGCUUUGCUUCCAGUUUGCACGCAAGGGCACGUGCAAGAAUGGCGAGGCAUGCACCUUCGCUCACGGAAAGUCUGAGCUCCGACGCCUUCAGAAAAAGGGCAAGGUCGGGCGCCAGAGUGCAGAGCCCAAGAAGGUCUCCAUCGGCUCAAGUGUCGGUCCGUUCGUGCAUGCGCGGCCCUUGACGACAUCCUUGCCUAGUGUCAUUCCGGCCUUGACCGUGGACACGACCCCGAACUUCCGGGCACCGCCGGGGCUGGAAUGCUCCGAGGAGGCUAGCCCGAUUAGUCCUCCGCCGGGCCUUGGGAUGGUGGCCCAGCCGGUGCCGAAUGCGUUUGCGGCGAUGCUUCGGGAGAGUUUGGAGAGCUCUCACCGCAAGCCUCUGCUGAAACACGCCAGCUACAGCCACGACAGCCUCUUCCAAUCCGACAGCACAACCUCCACUGGCUACGUGUCGGACACGAGCGAGCCUUCCAGUCCCUUGAUCGCCUUGUCCGGGCCCAUGUGGUUGUGA